AUGGGGACUCCAGGCUCGGCAUCUCCCGUCCCCUCUCAGGCACCCGACUACUUCAAUCAGCAUACGAGGGGAUAUAGUGAGAGUACCGGUUCACUUUCAUUCGAUCAGAAAUUCGGCACCGAGGCUAGAGAAGAGCAAACCGGAACUCGGCAAUCAUAUUAUGGCAACAAUGCAGUCGCAGGCAAUCGACAAUCGUAUUACAGCAACAAUGGAGGCCCAGUGCAACGGCGCUCUGUGGCGCAAUCGUUUGCGCAGGGCAUUCGUCGCUAUCCGACCCGAAAAAUUAAGCUCGUGCAAGGUUAUGUCCUAAGUGCGGACUACCCGGUGCCAAGCGCCAUUCAAAACGCCAUGCAGAAAGAAUAUCGAGAGACGGAGGAUUUUCCCGAGGAGUUCUCUCAUUUGAGAUACACCGCGGCAACUUGCGACCCCGAUGAAUUCGUUAUGCGCAAUGGAUACAACCUUCGUCCCGCAAUGUACAGUCGGCAUACAGAGUUGAUGAUUGGUAUCACCUGCAAAAGUGAAAACAAGGUUCUCACUGCGCGUACAUUACACGGAGUGAUGCAGAACAUCCGCGAUAUUACUAGUCUCCGCAAGUCCGAAUUUUGGAACAAAGGUGGACCGGCUUGGCAAAAGAUCGUUUGCUGUAUAAUUUUUGAUGGAAUCGACCCUUGCGACAAGAAUACUUUGGAUGUGUUGGCGACAAUCGGUGUCUACCAGGAGGGUAUCAUGAAGAAAUCCGUUGACGGCCGAGAAACCGAGGCACAUAUCUUUGAAUAUACUACACAACUUUCCGUCACGCCGGAUCAACAGCUAGUUCGACCUCAGGGCGAUGAGUCGACCAACCUACCCCCUGUUCAAAUGAUCCUGUGUUUGAAGCAGCAAACCAGUAACAAGAUCAACUCUCACCGUUGGCUCUUCAACGGUUUCUGUCGCAUGUUGAAUCCAGAGGUAGUCGUUCUUCUUGACGCCGGUACAAAGCCCGACAGGAGAUCCUUCCUCAACCUGUGGCAAGCAUUCUACAAUGACGAACAUCUCGGUGGAUCUUGCGGUGAGACCCGUGCUUUGCGAGAUACGCGAUCCAUGAUCAACCCUUUCGUCGCCGCCCAGACCUUCGACUAUAUGAAGUCUAAUCUUCUCGAUAAACCAUUGGAAAGUGUUUUUGGAAACGUUUCCUUAGGUUCAUUCUCGGCAUACCGCUACCGGGCCAUCAUGGGCCGACCACUGGAACAAUAUUUCAACGGAGAUAUGGUUCUGUCGAAGAAGCUUGGCAAAAAGGGUAUUGAGGGAAUGAGUAUCUUUAAGAAGAACAUGUUCUUCGCUGGAGAUCGUAUCUUGUCCUUUGAGCUGGUAGCGAAGGCUGGAUCGAAAUGGCAUUUGUCUUUUGUGAAAAAUGCGAAGAGUGAAGCCGAGGUUCCGAAGGAUUUUACGGAUAUCAUUAACCAGCGACGACAAUGGCUGAAUGGUUCAUUUGCGGCGAACCUCUACGCUUUCAUUCACUUUGAUCGGAUGUUGAAGAGUCGGCACAAUGUCUUCAGGUUGUUGCUAUUUUAUCUGCAAAUGAUUUAUGAUUUUUCUAAUCUGGUAUUGGUGUGGUUCUCACUCGCAUCAUACUGGUUGAUCACUAUGGGUCUUCUCAACCUGGUCGGAACUCCAGGCUCUUUCAAUAACAACUCAGCAUGGCCCUUUGGUAACGAAGCCACGCCGAUUGUGCAUACCUUCUUCAAAUACGGAUAUGUUGUGUUUUUACUUCUGCAAUUCAUUCUGUCUCUCGGAAACCGACCUAAAGGAACACGUCUUCUAUACCUCCUCACCUUUAUGUACUUUACCUUUAUCCAGCUCUAUGUGACAGUGCUGGCAUUUUACGUCGUCGGUAACUACACGAACGGCAACUUCAAUCUCGAUCUGGACGAAAACGCCAUCAAAUCCGACAGCUCGAAUGUUUCCGCCGCGAUCAUGGUCAUAAUCUCUAUCGUCUGUACCUAUGGCGCUCACAUUGUCGUCAGUCUCCUCUACAUGGACCCUUGGCACGUUCUCACAUCCGGCUGGGCACAUUACGCCGGAAACAUCUGCUCCACCAACAUCAUGAUGGUGUAUUCUUUCUGCAAUUGGCACGACGUCUCCCUUGGUACGCCAGUGAAGGAAAAAGCGCAGACCAUGCCCGAGGCACAGAUCAAAAAGGACGGAAAGUCCAGAGUCAUUGAAGAAGUGGACCGGCCGCAGAUCGAUAUCGAUUCCACCUUUGAACUUACCGUCAAGCGAGCUCUCACUCCAUUUGAGCCGCCCCCAGAAGAAAAGGAUAAGAGUAUGGAUGAUUCGUACAAGUUUUUCCGAACAAACCUUGUGGUGAUGUGGGCGUUUAGUAACAUCAUCCUGGCUCUUAUCAUGAACAGUACAGGAUAUAGCCGAUUUUGUAUGGCAGAUGCUCCUAACACUCGGAUCUGGAGUUAUGUUAUGGCUGUUAUGUGGGCGACUGUUGUUCUGUCGCUUUUCCGGUUUGCAGGAUCGCUGUGGUUCCUGGCGAAAUCUGUGGUCAUUGGUUGCUUUCAUAAGCGCUAG